UACUGUACAGUAGUACCAAGUAUAAGUGUGUGCUUGACAUGUGGUUUUAGGUUAGAUCUCGUGUUUUUAAAUAUUAUUUUAAAUAUUAUACUUGUUUUCUAUUAAUUUUUAACGUAAUAUUGUUCUUUAAAGUGAAAAUUAAAAAAAUAAUAGUUCGAAAUGACUGUUCAAGACAUGGAUAUUUGCUUAAAUAUUUCUACAAAACCUGUUGCUAAAGAGAAAAUGGGAAUAGAAAAUGAUUCUAUUCUUAACUUAAUGAGAGAAAAGAAAAUUGAGAAAGCAAAAAAUAAAGUUAAAGCAAGUACGUUAAACAAUGUUUCCGUCAAAGAAACAAGUACUAUUAAGAAAAGAAUUAAACAAAAAUCUUUAGGAACAAUUGUUGCAAAAAAAUUGAAAGAAAGUAAUCAAAAUCAAUCUUCUGUUAUACAAAAUGAAUUAAAAAUUAAACCACAAAUAAAUAAUAUACAUGAAGAUCCACAACAGAGAAUAUCUAAAGUAGAAGCAUAUAAAAAUAAUAUUGAAACGUCUAAUAAAAUUAAUGAUAUUUCUAAUAAUCCUAUUAUUUCUUUUACUAAGACUACAAAAGAAAAUUAUGGUAAAACUAUAUUGGCAAGGAAAAGAAAGAUUAUAGAUACAAAUUCAAAAAGAACAUUAUCUAGUAUAUUUUCAAGACAAUCAGAAUCGGAAGAUGUUAGUCUGCUGAAUUCAUUAAAAAAAAUACAACAAGAACAAAGUGAAAAAAAAAAUCAAAAGGAAUCUAAUGAAGAAUCUAAAAAAAUUUCUAGUUCAUCAGAAAAAAUGAAUUUUGAUAAGAAAAAAAAAAAGAAACAAAUAGAAAAAUUCAAAACCGAUAAUGAUAAUAACAUAGAAGAUGACAAAAAUAUACACUUCUCUCAUAAAUCUCUUGGAAAAAUAUCUUCCUUAUUUGGGCAUAAUCCAGAAAUACCAAAUAUUGGACAAAGACUAGUAAAGCCGAUAAAUGAACCAAUAUUUACAGGAACAACUUUUACUGACCUUAAUAUUCAUCCUUUCAUGAUAUCUAAUUUAGAACAAAAUAUGCAUAUUACUAAAAUGACUACAGUUCAGCAAAAAGCAAUACCUCAGAUAUUUUCAAGGAAAGAUGUUUUAGUUAGAUCUCAAACUGGUUCAGGAAAGACACUAGCUUAUGCUUUGCCAAUAGUCGAAUGUUUACAUAAGAUUAGACCAAAAUUAAAUAGAAAUAGCGGGUUAAAAGCUCUUAUAGUUGUACCAACUAGAGAAUUGGCACUACAAACUUAUGAAUGUUUCUUGAAAUUAAUAAAACCAUUUACGUGGAUUGUGCCUGGAUAUUUAGCAGGAGGUGAAAAAAGAAAAGCAGAAAAAGCUAGAUUGAGGAAAGGAUGUAAUAUUUUAGUCGGUACACCGGGUAGAUUGUUAGAUCACAUACAACGAACAGCAGCUUUAAAAUUAAGCGAUGUUAAGUAUUUCGUUUUGGACGAAGCAGAUAGAAUGUUUGAUAUGGGAUACGAAAAAGACAUAUCAGGAAUAGUGAGUGCUCUGAAAGUAUCAACUCCGAGUCAAAAUACGGGAUACGAUGCUAUGAAAAUAUUACGUCAAAAUAUAAAGAAAUUCACGGACGAAGAUGUUGAACAUUUGGAAAAUAAUGAUGAUUUAGAAAAAUCUGAAAAUGAUGAUCAAAAAGAAUCAAUCGUUAAAUCGAACAAGAAUAUUAAUUCAGAAUGUGAAGAUGAAAUAGAAGACGUUAAAAAAAAACAAAUAUAUCAUUCCAGCAGCGAUGAUGAUUCCGACGAAGGUGAGCCUUAUGUAAAAUCAAAAAAGUCAGAUAAACAAAAAAUUGGCGCAGCUCUUACGGAGCAAAAAGAGUCCGAUGUAUCAAAAGAUAAAAUGGAAGAUGAUAAUAAUAGUGAGGAUGAAUCAAGAAGACAAACAAUUUUACUUUCUGCCACAUUGACGCAAGCGGUUGAAAAAUUAGCCGGCCUUGCUAUGAAUCAUCCUGUUUUCAUUGAUGCUGCGAAAGAAAAUUUGGAAACAACCGAUAGCGAUGGGACUGAACUUAACGAAGAUUUAGUAGUUCCACAAAGCGUAAAUCAAAGUUAUAUCGUGACACCUCCGAAAUUGAGGUUGGUUACUUUGAGUGCUUAUAUUACAGGAAAAUGUCAGAGCCAUGGCCAACACAAAAUAUUGAUAUUUAUGGCUACUCAAGAUAUGGUUGAUUAUCAUACAGAAAUUUUGUCAUCCGUGUUAACGAAACCCACCGAUGAAGAUGACGAUGAUUCCGAUCCUUUGGUAGUCAUGGAAUUUUUCAAGUUGCACGGUAGCAUGACCCAAAAAGAGCGAAUCGAGAUUUUCAAAACUUUUAGACAGGCGAAAAGUGGGAUUCUACUUUGUACGGAUGUCGCGGCACGAGGAUUGGACUUGCCAAAAGUGGACUGCGUGAUUCAAUACACGGGGCCGACGUCGGCCAGGGAUUACGUGCAUCGAAUCGGUAGAACAGCGCGAGCUGGUUCUUCCGGUUCAGCGACUAUCCUUUUAACACCGCCAGAAAUUGAAUUCGUACGAAUGCUCGAGUCUAGGCGUAUCAGAAUCAGGCAGGAGAGCAUGGACGACGUUUUGGAUAGGCUGAUGGGCCCGCUGUCCAAGCAUUCUUCCGCUCAUAACGCGGCUGUCGCGUUGCAGAACGAUUUCGAAAAUUUGAUACUGGAGGACACGAAGCUACGCGAGAGAGCGUGCAAAGCGUACACGUCGUGGAUACGUUUCUACUCGAGCUACCCUCGCGACAUGCGGCAGAUUUUCAAUCGGAGGGACCUCCACUUGGGCCACUACGCCAAAAGCUUCGCACUCAGGGAGACUCCGCAACGAAUCGGUGGAAUAGGGAGGAGACUCCACGAAAAGGAACGCGCGAAGAAGGAGCAGCUGAACAACAACAGGUUGACGAGCGGGAAGCCCGACGGGGAGCCGGCAAAGAAGAGGCAGAAUCGUCAAGGUGACGAGGAGGCGAAGAUGGGGUUGCUGAAGAGAGUCAGAAUGCUUAACACCUCCGAGUACGACAGCGGCCUCGAGCCGGUGAAGAAGCCAAAGAAAUCCUGAGCUCUUCGCGUUGUCGCCUCGAUUACUAGUAAACAGAAUGCGAUUUCCGUUACCGUGAUUCCCAUCUCUCGUGUAAAUGUCUCUUAAAACAACCCUUGUUCCAAGCAAAACGAAAAUCCAGGUUACUCGCUCGCCAUUUCAUCCAACUGCUUAUUCUUAGCAGUGUGUUACAUGGUUGUUGACAUCUUAUCGAUUUCUUAAAUAUGUCGUUCGUUUGCUGCCACGAUUACAUAAUUUUUGAGCUUACUGAAGAGGAAAAAGUGAAGAGAAAAAUUGUAGAAUACGUGUAAUGUGCAAUAAUAUGUAAUAGAAUAUCGAAAGUGAAAUGCUCAAUGCUCUUGUAACAAUUCACGUUUAAGAUCGUAGUUAUAUGUAGACUAUGAAUGAUAAUUGGUUGCGAGAAUCAUCGGUUUCUUAGAAAAAUUGGCCAGUUUUAAAGUUGACUCAGAGAGAAGAAUUUAAUUUAAAUAUUUUAUUUAAAAACAAUCUUGCUUCCAACGAUACAAUCGUCAUUGUAUUAUUGUUGCAGUAAACGAAUGAUAUAUUAUAAUUUCCCAUAACACGUACAUAAUAUAUAAAUAUUUUUUCAAAAAAAGGAAAAAAAGAAUAAUAAACGUCCAACGUCGGAAAUAUGCAAGUGCUUAUAUAUAUUCUUUCCUUCCUUUCGCCACUUCCCCCCAAAUGAAGUAAUUAAAUAAUUUCAACGAAAUAUCCUCUCCUUACAGUUCGGUAUCAGAGAAUCGCAGAGCGUACCAAACAGCGCACUAAAUCGCGUUACCAGCGUGCGCGGAUGUGGAGUUUUUUGGUCGUAAAUAUGCGAGGACGAGGCGUAAGUAUGUCGGUACGCGGACGAGGAGUUGGAAUAAAAGGGGAGUCGGAGGAGGGGGGGGAGGGAAUAAGGGCGGAGGGAUAUGAUUAAUACGGCAGCAUUAUUUUCAGAUUUUUUGCACCACGAUCCGCGAGCGCAAAUUGCUUGCAAAUAAAGGCGGCGUCGGCUAUCGCCGCUGGUAGGACACCGAGGAGGGGAAAGAACGUUGAGGAAGGAGGAGAGGGGGUAGAGGCCGAGAGAGCUCAGCCUCGGCUUAAUUUAAUUUAAUUAUGCCUUCUUUCUUCGCUACCAACGCGUCGGAAGAUAGAUGGCGAAUUUGAAAUCGCCUCUCCUUUCGGCUUCGCUCGGAAUCACGAUUUCCUCCGAUAGAUUUCCACUUUCCAUUAAUUAGGUUAACCCCUUCGAUUGAUCGUCCCGAUGCCAACAUUCGGCCAAUAUAUUACUCGAUUCAGCGUAGUAAAGUUGACGCGAUGUUGAACAGGGUCGAAACCCUGUCCUUGAAAAAUAAAAUUUAUUGAUGAAUCGCGGGUAAUUUUUAAUUUCGAUUGAUUAGGGUUGAUUCUUCAUACCUUUUUUCUGUUCAAGAGUAAAUUCUGAAAAAAAGAGUUUAAAGCAAAUUUUAAUCGUAAAAAAAAAGUUAUUCAUUGCAAUAUAUAAAGGUUGACACGAGAUGACUUUAUUUUUCAUUGAAAUGAUUUUAAUUUAAACGAUCUCAAGAUGCGCUCUCGUUGGUGUGCACUCGUUGGAGCAGAUUCAUUUGCCUUAACGAUUUGCCCGCGUGUCGAACAAAGCGUUUUUCAUCGCGAAAAGAACAGUAAGCGUCGCAUGACACGGUGAAAUUUAAUUAAACGUAAUGUCCCUCGGUCCCGAUGCAUUUUCGAAACCCACCCAAGUGGCAAUCUUCGAAGCGGCCACAUUAGACGAGGGACGGGGCAAAGAGUGCGAUAUUUAUUCGUAAUGUGCAUCGCAAUUCGUCGUGGCUUAGCAUCAGUCAUAGUCAUCGCGAGCGUGCACACGCUCAUAAUGAACCGUACGAUUAGGAUAUCCCGUUCGUUCAUUCGUCGAAUGGGUUUCGUGGACGAAGAAGUAAUCGUAGAUUGCUUCGAACGAAUAAAAAGCCCAAGAAAGGGUGUAAUUCUCAUUACCGGAGGAUAUGCGCAGCUUGAGUCUGAUUAAUAUGACAGAAGAGGGAGGAGGGAACGGUGGAAAAAAAAAAAAAGAAAAAGAAAAGGAGAGAAUCGACUGUACAUUGGGGACCAACCGCGUAUCCACCCUCGUGUUUCGUUCCUUUUUUUUUUUUUUUUCUUACGUAGAAAAAUGCGUGUCCGCGACUAAUGGGCCACUGAAAAAACCUAAGCAGAUAUAAAAGGAACCGAUUAUUCCGGACGAUUACCGAUUUCCGGCCGGUUAACGAUUUUUUCGAAUCGUUUACACCGCAACCACCGCCAGUUCAUCUUCGCCAGUCGUUGUCUUUUACUACUGCUUCGUCGUAGUUGUCCAACGGAACGAGAACGGGCAAGAAUUAUAUACAUUAUACGAUUACGAUUAUUCGUAAUUUACAAAGGAAUUUAUUCAAAGAGUGAUCGAGGUUUAACUUUGAUUAAAAGUUUUUAAAAAAAAAGUUCAACAUUGUUUGUCAGAUUAUUUGACGCGUCUCGCGCGUUACUUUCUCAUUAUUCGCGAAAGAUUUUAUUUCACAGAGGAUACCUAUACGACGAGCAAUUGAUAAAACUAUUUACGGUGUAUUUUCUGAUUUCACGGUUCGAAUUAAGGAUAAUAUAUCGCGGAGAUGAUCGUCGAUGUUUGGAUUACGGGUUCGAUGAUGUUCUCUCGUGUACCACAUCCCCCUUCCCCCCUGAGUGUAAUAAGCGGGUUGUUAUCGCGACCAUCGAAAGAUAUCGAGUCCUUUCAUCGGCAAUUGGAAAGAAAAAACACGAGAGAAUUUUAUUCGUCGUUACUCGAACGAUACAUUUAAUAAUUCAACCGACGCGAGGAUGUAUAAUUGUUGCUCUAAUUAUUCCGAUAACGGUGCAAUUAAGUUUCACGUGUAACGCCGGCGAUGUGAUGCACUCUCUCGCCUCGACACAAUGAAGAGAGAAUUCUUUCAUCGGGGAGGCAGGAAGACGGGCGAACUGUUUUUCAUCCGAGAUCGGCAGGUGAAAUCCGCUCGAAAAUGCGUCACAAUCGAGCAGGAUUAACAUUUUACACGAACAUCUACCAUGUCGUGCAAAAUAACCAUUGCAAGGAUCAGGGAAUGGUUGCACGGUUGCUACUCUUUCUCUCGUUAUUUUCUCCUGUAUUUAUGUACAACACCAUUAUUUAGUUGAACGUGUAUAAUAUAUUGGGUUAAACUGAA